GCUUUCAGUGUUCGCAGAGGAAGGGCGCUUCAGCAACAUGGGCACCUUAACACGGACAGUUUGGCUGUUACUCGCCUUCACAGCAUUGGCCAGUAACUUUGACGAUGGAGCGGCCUAUGUUCCUCCAAGGACCGUUCUCAAAUCCAGAUACCUCUGUGGGUUUAGAGAUGAUGAUAGACAGGGCCCCCGUUUCAAGACGGACUUGCCUAUCGACCAGAAAUCCAUCUUAACGAAGAUAAUGAAUUAUUUAUCGAAGGAUUUUUUUGCGUCGGUGAUGGGCGAUUUUACGUUCAAGGGACAGCGCAUCCCGAUCGACUUUAUAAUGACAACUAUAGAGAUAGACAGCAGAUUCAUACAGGAUCUGCGAGUGGAAGAUCUGUGGGGAAUAAUACAGCUGUACGGGUAUUAUGAGAAGAUGGCUAAAACUGAACCAAGAACCCGGGACAUAAGCAAGUAUGAACACAUCACAGCGCUUUUUAUGAGAUCGUGUUCACUGAGCAGAGGAACUACAUGGGGUAAAGUUUACAUGGACGGAGCACUAGUUUACCUGGGUAGGGCGUAUUCGUCAAGGGCGGAGAUCAAAACCGAAAAGACUUCGCAGAUAGUCAAAGCAAUAAAAAGAAUUGCAAAAGGAAUUAAACCUUUUCUUAAGCAAAAACCAGUGCCCGAACAACCAACAAAAGGACAGAUAAAUGAACUUCAGAUUACAGUAGAUUUCUUGAAAACGCAAAGUUCCAACGCUACGGGCUCAUUCUUAUUUCUCGGACACAGAAUAUCUAUACAGUUCAUUGAAUGGUACCUGGUCCAGAACGGAAAAAGUGUGAAGAAUUUAACAGCUAAAGAGUUGUUUGGCAUCAUAACGUCUUACCUCUCCGAAACUGAAGAAUUUAAUGGAAUGCCUGAGAAAGAGAAGGCGGUCCUGCGGGACAUACUGAACUAUCUGAAAUUCCUGGGCGAUGGUGCGAGAGGUGAAGUGACGUUCAAAAGCCACACACUCUCAAUAGACUUCAUAAUGACUGUCGUGCAUUUGCAAGGCGCAGACAUAUAUUCACUGACGUUGUCAGAUCUGUGGCAACUAAUAAAGAUGUAUGAAGUUUAUGAGAAGAAACUUGGAAGUAGAGCACAGAACAGGAAUAUAAAAAAAUAUGAACAAGUCACACUGCUCUAUGCAAUAACGUAUUUGAGAAACGAUGGUGGGGUUACGGGUCAAAUUGUCAUAGAUGGAGUGAAAAUUCAAGUAUCUUACAUACUGAACCAACUAAAGAUACGUGGAAAAGAUUUUCGUACCGUCAAUAUUGAACAGAUACAUGGAAUAAUACAUGCCUACAAAUGGAAAUGGACCCCUCAUAAACGUGUACCCCUGGGCACGCAACCAACAGAGGAACAGACACUUGAACUUAGGGCCUUAAUAGACUUGAUGAAGACGCAACGGUCUCCCGCUGUGGGCUCAUUCAUAUUCAGCGGGUACAGAACUUCUGUACAGUUCAUUCUAAGCUACAUGGACCAACAUGGACUAAGCAUCGACAAAUUGAGCAGCAAAGAGUUAUGGAGCAUCAUGCUCCUGCAUGAACGUAAUGAGACAAACACUUCAGUAAGUGUACGGCCAGAAAGCAGGGCAACAGCAGCAAGAACAAAAAACUGAGGUGGUGUAAGCACACAGAACACUUGACCCAUUGGAACUGUAUACACAGAAUAACAUUUAGAUGAAACACUUUACAGAAUCCUGGAGGAGCCUCUUUCUGAAGGAUUAAAUGCGACUGAUUACAUAGAGUUCAGAGGGAGAGACAUCUCCGUGCAGUUCAAACUAACUGAAACAUAUCGAUGUCCGCAACGCCACAGCUGCAGACAUAUACAACAUCUUAUUGUUAUAUUUACACUAUGCAGACACCGCUGCGUCAAAUGAACAAGGCGUACCUCAGGACGAGAUCCUUACAUUACUGGCGAAUCUGCAAUAUUUGAAGACAAACAAAGAAGGUAACAAUGGGAAUUUUACUUUCGAAGGAUACGAAACCUCAAUAGAGUUCAGUACAGAAUUUAUCAAAGCACAAAAAAUAAGUAAUACUAAUUUUACAAUAUCUGCACUUUCCGUAUAAUCCUCGAGAUAUAUAUCGCAGAAGAAGAUCGAUUACUGUUAAUCCUAAACCGCCUGGUGAACUUCGACAGCCUGGAAGAGGUACUGCAGAUCCUCAAAGCACAAGGGAGCAAUGCCACAGGAGCUGUUGAGAUAAGUGGGUAUAUCAUCCCAUUCCAAUACAUCAAACUUAUUCUAAAGGCGCGAGGAAUCGACCCUCAGAAUGUAAGCCGAGAGGAGCUCUGGCUCAUAAUGGAGUUGUCUAUAGAGUUUCAGCAGCAGUCGGAGAAGGCUGAAACAGGUCCUCAAGCAGUACGGAAGUUCUUCAUAGAAAUUCUGCCAAACGCUGAGAGUGUUAAUACUUCUGUUCUUGUGGUGGAUGGACACAGUGUUUUCAUAAGCGAGAUCGUGUUUGUUCUAGGCUUAAUAGUUGAUAACUCAACCGGUAAAUAUGACACUGAACAGCUUACCAGUACCAUAGUGUUGAGAGGAGUUGUGAAGAGUAUAAACAAGCAUGGAGUUUCAAAGGGUCCCCCUCAUACAGCACAUGGAAAGGAUGAACUGCUCAAGGAUUUCCUUCAAGCCAUCUCGAAUCCCGACAAGGUCGCCAACACUGCCAUUGGGUACAAACGGCAGCACAUUAGUGCGUGCACUAGGUAUACACACCGAUAGUGCAACAGGGAAAUAUGAUACACGGCCUUACGGCGGAUCAACUGUUUGAAACAAUCCAGAAGCUCGUAAGCACCACGCAAAACGGAACUACGUAAUGUCUACUGAAUCAUUAUCAAGAGGAGACACAAUAUUUCUUCUAUCCUGAACUUCCACUGCUUUCCUGCGGCCUAUUGUCGACUUUCAUUUCGUGUACACCUACAAUUUGUAAAAGGGACGGUUUACUCUGUUACUGCUUAACGGGAAAGAUUUCUUCCAUCUGACGUCACACACAGAAUACGCUACUCUGAGUAGAAGAGGCACUUCCAGGGGCAACAGAGAAGCAUGGAGUAUCGACAAAAUAUCACCAUAAGAUAUAAGGUUCCAUGUUUUGCAUCUUUUACGUGCUUCCCCCGCCCUCACCAGGCCUUGUUGGCAUUCCCAUUCACACCUAUGCUUCCCUUCCUGGAAGAUAAUUCCCCCUUCCCCUUCAGGACACAUUUUCGUUUACAGUUAUUUUAGUCGCAGGUUUCCAGCAAAUUUCUUGUACGUAGCCGUGCAUUUCGUACAGUUUCAAGUUGCAAG